AUAUCAGUCGCAGAAGCCCUUUACAAGCUUGAAGCAAGUAAAAAUAUACCUAUCCUCAAACUCACCGCAUUCAAUGGAAAUCCGUUGCGUAACGUGGAAUUUAUUGAGCAAAUUAAGAUCCAUAUUCACGAUAAACGCCACUUAACAGAUGACAUGCGUAUGGUCCAAUUAAAAAUGCACGUCACUGGCGAUGUCGCACGCACUAUAUCUGGCCUUGGAUCCAAGGCAUAAUCUACGCUACGGCGCUUAAAACACUUAAAGAUCAUUUUGGACAACCGAGUGUAAUUACUAGAGCAUUUAUAAGCAAGAUAACUGAGAGGAAGAAAAUCCAUCCGAACCACAGACAGUCCCUUCGUGACUUUUCCAUAGACAUUAUUAAUUGCUUAGCAACACUGUGGCAGAUUAAUUACUUUGCUGACGUAAACGCGAACGAUAAUCUGCGAAAGGUUAUUAGAUCCUUGCCAGAUGGCAUUAUCAAAAAAUGGAAAAAUGUGGCCACCGAUAUUCGGAAAAAAGGAGAAAUUCCUCAAAUACAGCACAUAAGCAAUUUCAUCAGAAAGAGAGUGAAAGCCGAAUUCGACCCCGAUUUUGGAGACGUA